CAACGCUCUGCUCUGCUGUAGUCAAAGCGUGCACGCUGAAUAGCUUGUGCAGCUGUCACAGGUAAUGCUGUAAUUUUUCCCAAAUCAUCCUUUGAUUCGUGCCCUUUAUCGCAUCAGUUCUUCUAUAAACGUCUUUAUGACAUUUUCCCCCUUAAAAGCGGAAAAUGAAGAUCACCGUCCACGAGGACCAUGUGCGCAUUCUGAAAGAGCGGGCCGAACAGCAGCGGAAAGACACCGACAUCCUUCUGAGGUACACACCCGCACAACUCACCGACAUACUUGCAGUCGAUCUUUACUUCCUUCUCAACGUGCAAGAAUAUAGAAGAAUUCCUAUUCCGUCAAACGUUCUAUUUUUGCGCUACAGGGAGCGUAUAGUCCGAUAUCACCCGAACUAUCACGACGAUCGCGUGUUCAUGGCCAUACGAAACGGCUACGAAAUACUGAAAAGCACCUUUUGGAAGAAAAAGUACGACGACUAUUUCGUUGAUGAGAUUUGCGUGGAGGACAAAAACUACGGCGCAGAGUUCUACGAAUUCUUUGGCAGAUAUUUCGAGAACAUGCGAGUUUUUGCGAAGGGUGAGGCGCCUGUGCUCGGCGACCCGGGCACGCCGUUGGAACAGGUCGAAAGAUUCUACGCUUUUUGGAAGAAUUUUGAGAGCACGAGGAGCUUUGACUUCAUUGCGUAUCAUCCGGAAUACGAGAAGAUGAGCAGCUUUGAGAGGAGCAAUCACGAUAGCAAGUACAGAAAGGAGAAGAAGACGCUCUUCAAUCAGCAUGUGAUCGAGGUGCGCAGUAGUGCUGCGGUGUGCCAGCGCAAUGAUCCGAGAAUAAAAAGAGAAAAGGUUUUCGUGGAUCCCUCGCUGGUGUGCAACGGCUGGUCCGAGAACGAUGUUGUCCUGCUCAAGAGACUCACAAAAAAGUACCGGGCCGGCAACAUAGUUGACUGGAAGAGGGUUGUGAGGGAUUUCAAAAUGGAAAACGGAGCGAGAAAGAGCAUGAAGGAUCUUCUGGUCAAGAACACGCAGAUUGAGAGACUGUGCAAGUGAAUAGCGUGCAUAGGCGGUCUUUACACUAAAUUUCUUUUCUAUUUAAGUGUUUGUCGUGCUCAGCACGUUACUUUGUUGUACAAUCUGUUCCUUAGGAUGUGGUGCAACUCCCUGCUCAACUGUUGUGAGCCUGUCGAUUGCUGUUGUGUGUGCGAUAGCUGAGGAACCGUACGAUCGAAGUAGAGCGCUACUACCAAUACGCGAUCUCUUGGGCGUUUUUUAAUCGUUCAUUGCAGCCCGUUUCACUACCUCGUCAGGCCAUCGAUUUGCAAUUUAAAUUAAAUUUACUUAUCAC